AUGGAAUCGAUAAAGGACGAGCUAAAAGAUGAAGAGGAAAGGGCAAAACUGCAAGACUGCGUGGACCUCCUCGUCGCCGCCGGCUAUUUUCGAGCCCGCGUGAAGGGGCUAUCUGCUUUUGAUAGGGUGGUCGGCGGGUUAGUGUGGUGUAUCUCGGCUUGUAACUACACCGUUGAUGUGGAUUUGCUCUACUCGGAGAACUCAACGAUCGGCCAAAAAAUCGCCCUAACCGAAAAGAUAUGCGAAAUGCUGCCGAAACUUCGGUGCACAUACUUCAUCGAACCGCACCAGAUUCAGGGAUUGGACAUUUUUAAUAUAUUUCCUGUAAUACAGUGGCUAGUCCAAAAAACGAUCGAGGCCCGCGAGCUCCACGGGGAUCGCAACAAGGAAUUUGUCGACUUUUUGGCCCGCGGAAAAUCGAAGGCGCCGGAAAAAGAGCGAAAGACGCCCAGAAAUCUACAUUUCAACGCACCAGCCAAGCAGCAGCACGUAAAAGCCGGUUCUAGCAAAGAACUGAUCGCAGCUGUAAGAAGAUUGAACCAUGAUCAAGCGCCGAGUCUGGAAGAAUCACUAGAGUACGAGCACAACCUCAUCAGCGAAGCGCUAAAGAAGUCGCUAGUACCGUUGCCAGAAUCUGGAACUCUCCCAUCAACUUCCGGCGUGCAAGAGCCGACGGAAGAGGAUCUGGACCGAGAAAUCGAAAAGCUCUUAGAAGAAAAAGCACAACUAAUGGCCGAAAAAGAAAGCGAAGAGCAUGCUAGACAGGAGGCCCAGGACCAAUACCGCGAACUAAAAUCGCGGUUACGACACUGCGCAGAGCUCGAGGCGAAUUUGGAGCCAAGCGCCCUCGACGAGCUUCGCCAAAAAUACGCAGCCUACCUGGCGAUCGCCGAGCAGGAAGCGGCUUUCAAAAAGAAUUGCAUUGACGAGCUGGAGCGGCUUGAAGCGCAAAUUGAACGGAUGGAGCAGAGUGAUAGUCAGGAAACAGACCUGCGCACCUAUCGGGAUCAACUGCGGGUUGCGGAAGAAGAACUUGCUGAAGCUAGGGCUAAAAGCGCUCGAGUGACGCGAGAAACGGCCAGCCUUCAAAGGGCCAUCGAUUCGGUACCGAGCCGAAUUGAGCUGACCCAAUAUCAUCGACGACUAAUUGAACUGUACAACCAGAUGGGCUCUAAACACCGACAAACCCGCCAAUACGUCUCCUCCCACAACUACCUGGUCGACCUGCGAAACUACAUGAAAAAGGAGAUCGGGCUGUUGAACAGCAUUGAAGAAGCCUUGCCUAUGGCCAAACGCGAGGAGAACAAAGAUUCCUUCCAAACCCAGCUGGCUACUAUCUUGAGGGGUGUUGAAUCAAACCUAGAAAAACUAGAAACUCAAGAGAAAGACCUUGACGCGAAAAAAGAGGUCCUGGAAAUGGAAAUUGGCUUCCAGCGCGAUAAGGAUCGGGCUUUCGCGAAAGCGAUGGAUGAUUUGAAGACUGCUUGCGACGAGAUUGAAAACCUUCGAAAGCAACUCCCGGCAAGCGAU